AAUAUUUUGAUUGAAAUGUAAAUUACAAUUGCCCUAACAAUAAAAACAGUCACGGAUACACACAAACUCACCGAUCGUGAGAGCUGGGGAGAGAGAGAUCGCUUUCACUAGCCGGUAAACUGACCUUCAUUCGCCGGAAAAAUCAAAAUUUCAGGAAAAGAUAAUCUAGGGUUUCGGUUAGAACUGUAUUGACUGUGAUAUGCCGCAUCUGGUACGUGAGAACUUAUAUAUUGGCAACAUUAGUGACGCUGCAGAGGUUCUUCAGAAUGGUAGUGAGGAAAUCACUCAUAUACUAUCAAUCCUUAGUUCUGCAUCAAUAUCAUUUUUCUCGGAAUGGCGUAGUGGUCUAUCGAUCCCUACUGAAGAGAUUUGCAAGGUCUAUGCUGGGGACUCAGAGCUUGAGGAUGUUUCGGGUGGCAGUUCAAAGAGUUCCUUGUCACCAGAAAAGCUUCUGUACUCGUUGGAGUAUGCAGGCAACGAUUUGAAAUUGGUGAGGAUGGCUGUACCGCUGAGAGAUACUGAGAAUGAGAAUUUGUUGGAUUAUUUGGACGUGUGUUUGAAUUUCAUCGAUAAGAGUCGAAAAGAGGGGUCUGUGUUGGUGCAUUGCUUUGCUGGUGUAUCAAGAAGUGCAGCUAUCAUUACUGCGUAUCUGAUGAGAACUGAACAACUAUCUCAAGAAGAUGCACUUGAAUCUUUACAGAAAAGCUGUGAAUUUGUUUGCCCCAAUGAUGGUUUUUUGGAACAGCUAAAAAUGUUCGAAGAAAUGGGUUUCAAGGUUGACCACGCUUGCCCUAUAUACAAACGCUUCCGUUUGAAAGUAUUAGGCGAUUCUUACAAUUGUGGAGAAAGAAUAGACACUUCUAAAUUUGGGGCUGAUCCUGGCUUGCCAACAGAAGAGGCCUCCUCCGAUGUAGGUACAUCUGGGAAUAGCAUAAGAGUUUCUACUGCUGCAUAUCGUUGCAAGAAAUGCCGGAGAGUUGUUACAUUGCAAGAGAAUAUUGUGGAUCAUGUUCCAGGAGAGGGGGAGACAUCCUUUGGCUGGCAUAAGAGGAAAGGCGGCAAUCCUUUCAACAAGUGUGAUGAGAUUGAGUGCUCAUCCAUCUUUGUUGAACCUCUACGUUGGAUGACGACAGUUGAAGAAGGUGCAUUGGAGGGCAAGCUUUUAUGUGUACAUUGUGAAGCUCGCUUGGGUUACUUCAACUGGUCAGGCAUCCAAUGCAGUUGUGGUAGCUGGAUCACCCCAGCCUUUCAGCUCCAUAAAAGCCGAGUUGACAUUAGCACUGUCUGAUAUUUUUCAACACAGAAGAGGUAUGUGUCUAUCGCCUUGCUUGAAGAUAGAAGAUGGUAAAGAGGGGGCUUAUAUGUACCCCGACAUCUACCUAGUAAUAAUUUUAAAUUGUGGUACCAACAUCUACCUAGUAAUAAUUUUAAAUUGUGGUACCAAUACUAUGAGAGCACAGUUUUUGAGUCGAGGGUUGGAUGUUUGAGAACUAGUUUAUGUUUGCUUGCAUUUUGUAUGAUGUCUUUGACGAUCAUCAGCUGGGUAGUGAUGUUGUAAGUGCGUGGCCUUCUGUGUGGCUUAAGUCAUAUGAUUUUUGUAUUUCCACAUUCAGGUUUAUAUGCUUCAGCACUUUGGAUUCA